UUGUUGAUUCUAUUUCAUAAUUUGAAUGAUCAAACAUAUUAGCUAAUAAUAAUGAUUGAUAAACGUUUGAAAAUUUUUUUUAAUUCAGUUGAUGCUGUUGGCCAUAUCAAUGCUUGUAUUGGUAUGGCACAAGCAUUUGCCAAACGUGGACAUCAGAUUUAUUUUCUAAAUAAUAGCAAUUUUUCCGGUUUAUUUGAAAAAUUUGGCUUCAAUGAAAUUAUUCUUGAUCUUAAAUCUGAUUCUAAAGACAAAUCAUUUGAAAAAAAGGUCAUCGAUGAAGAUAAUCACCCCGUAAAAGAUGUUUCAAUUAAUGAUAAUUUCGCUGAAUGUGGUCUGUUAUCAGGUAAAUCAUCUUAUGACCAAUUAGAUCUUUUCGAUCGACAUAAGAAUGAGCGAUUCUUUUGUGAAACGAUGUACAAUGAUAUACGAAAUGUUCAUGAAAAAAUGGUCGAAGUUAUUGAGAAAGAGAAACCUGACUUGAUCAUUGUCGAUCAUCCCUUAGUCGCUCCAUGUAUUGCAUAUGGUAAAAUUCCAUGGGCAUUCUCAUGGAGUGGAAAUCCUCUUCCAGUGUAUCGUUCAGAAAAGCUUCCUCCAUUUACAUCGGGUUAUCCAACGUACGAUAAAACUGGGUGGGCAAAAUUCAGGGAAAAAUAUGUUCAAACUAUUGCGCCAAGUUUUCAAUAUUAUCAAAAUUUAUUGAACAAAGAAUUCGGUGGGCCUACAAUUACAUAUCAAGACUUUUUUAUGCUAUCUCCUCAUAUGAAUAUCUAUGGUUAUCCGGAAGAAUUGGACUAUGCCGACAUUGUUACAUUACCUGAGCAUUUUAUUCGAGUGGAUGCAUUCUGUCGUGAAUUACCAGAAUUAUUUAAACUUCCUGACGAAUUCAAGGUACAACCUACUGAUAAAUUAAUCUAUUUAUCAAUGGGUUCGAUCGGAAGUUCGAAUGUUCAGCUAUUGCAAAAAAUUAUUGGAACAUUGUCGAAUACACCAUUUAAAUACAUUGUAUCAAAAGGCCAACAUCAUGAAAAAAUUAAUUUGCCAGCCAAUAUGUGGGGCCGUGCAUAUCUACCGCAGACUAGAAUUCUACCAUUAGUUGACAUGGUCAUUACACAUGGUGGCAACAAUACGGUUACCGAAGCAUUUUCCUUUGGUAAACCAAUGCUAGUUAUGCCAUUGUUUGUUGAUCAAUUCGAUAAUGCUCAACGUAUUCAGGAAAAAGGUUUUGGAUACCGUAUCGAUUCACAUCGAUAUGAUGAUGAUGAAUUAAUCAAAAUGAUUCACAUGAUACUAAAUGAUAAGAAAAUGAUUGAAAAAUGUAGACAAGCUGCCGAACGUUUAAGGAAAUCCGAUUCGAAACAGAAAGCAUGUGAAAAAAUUGAACUACUUUUACAAAAAAUUUCUCAAUAAAUUCAUUUCAAUACAUUUCAA